UGUUAUACUGAGAUAGUUUUUAGCUCAGCUAAGGCUGUUACAGAGAGAAAACCUAUCUCGAAAACGAAAAAAUAAGAAAUAAAAGACACGAAAGAUAUUCUGGCUGCACUAUGCAUAAAGCAUUUUCAAGUACAGCCCAGGCUACUGGAAAGCCCAGCCCACAGUCCUGGGCGGAGCCUGUGGAUUGGAGGCUCGAGGGGCGGAGCCUCGCGUGACUUUUCACGACUUGACUUUCCGGUCCAACACUGGGGAUUUAAUUGACGUCCUGGGUGUUUCCGGUGUGACCAGAAUAAAGCCCAGGACUCCAGGGCCCGUGACUACAGUUGCUCCGCCAGCACCAGCGCCACUGUCCUCGCUGCACCCCGUGUCUCGACAGCCCCACAGAGCCGUCGACAUGCAGAACAUGCAGCCUAGCAGCUCUGACACCGACCCCUCGCCCUGCUGGACACCACAGCCACAAGGACCCAGACCUGCCAAGCGCCGCCGCCUCCACGAGCCCCAGGAGCCGCUCAGCCUGGAAGAGCCCGCAGGGUCCGCCAGCGAUGCAUCGACCUCUAUGGUGAUCCUGGUCAGUGACUCUGGCCUGCAGCUGCAGCUGGAUGGCGUCGAACUGCUGCUGUUACUGGAUGCCACCUCGGUCCUGGAAGUGGAGCUCCCUGAACACACCAUCAUCCUGGUGCCCGAGGGCCUCCAGGCUUCAGACCAUCUUGGACAGCCUGGGUUCUUCUCCGCCAGCCCGCAGGGGGGCGCUAGCCUGGAAAUGCCAGAGGAGGACCUGCUAGUCCUCCAGCUGGUAUCCUCCUGUGAGUUCAUUCUAGAAAUUUCCUACCAAGAGGAAUCCUAUGAUGAGGAUGAGGACUCUGGCUCCCUGUCACCCUGGAUGGAUUCUCCAGCUGGUCAGGCAAGUGAGCACUUUUCCUCCACCAACAGGAUGCCCAGUCCUUGGCCUCAGGGCCACAUCCCAGAACCAUAUCCUUCAGGGCCUUCCCCUAAUGCAGAGCCAUAUUCUCCAAGGUCUGUCUGGGACCAGGACAGCUACCUGCUGGGACCCUUCCCCAGCUCACCCUUGCAGUCUCUGCCUCCAUCUCCUCCUCCAAGGCCCCAAGAGCAGCGCCCUCCAUCCUCUCCGAGGUCCCCAUGCAAGGCCAGGAAGAGACUGUUCUGUGAAUGA